CCAUCAAAAGGACUGCUCCACACGCUCAAGGAACACCCACCAACAAAACCCAUCUCCACAACCACCAGAUUAUCUCACCAGCAAGUGAGACUGCAAGGUUUGGGGGCUUGGCCGUACCACUCCGCGCUGCGCAAGGGGGGGGUUCGUGCCCAUUUGGCUGCGACUGACCGUUUCUCUUCGCUUUGUUUUGCCUCUGCUCCCCCUGCGCAGGCAUCCAAAGUGCGUCAGGCCGGUGCUUUAUAGCUGCAGCCUGGGCGUCUCCGCUCUCUGUUUUUCCUCUUCUCUGGGUUGUGCUUCUUUCCGUUGUUCGCGAAGAUGCAGCUGAAGCCGAUGGAGAUUAACCCGGAGAUGCUGAACAAAGUGCUGGCCCGGCUGGGGGUUGCGGGCCAGUGGCGCUUCGAGGACGUGCUGGGACUGGAAGAGGAGUCUCUGGGCUCGGUGCCGGCGCCUGCCUGCGCCCUGCUGCUGCUCUUUCCUCUCACGGCCCAGCAUGAGAACUUCAGGAAAAAACAGAUUGAAGAGCUGAAGGGACAAGAAGUAAGUCCUAAGGUGUACUUCAUGAAGCAGACCAUUGGCAACUCCUGUGGAACCAUCGGACUCAUUCAUGCAGUGGCCAAUAAUCAGGACAAACUGGAGUUCGAGGAUGGGUCAGUUCUGAAACAGUUUCUUUCUGAAACAGAGAAGCUGUCCCCUGAAGACAGAGCAAAAUGCUUUGAAAAGAAUGAGGCCAUCCAGGCAGCCCAUGAUGCCGUGGCACAGGAAGGCCAGUGUCGGGUAGAUGACAAAGUGAACUUUCAUUUUAUUCUGUUUAACAACGUGGAUGGCCACCUCUAUGAACUUGAUGGACGGAUGCCUUUUCCGGUGAACCAUGGCGCCAGUUCAGAGGGCUCACUGCUGCAGGACGCCGCCAAGGUCUGCAGAGAAUUCACUGAGCGUGAGCAAGGGGAGGUCCGCUUCUCCGCCGUGGCCCUCUGCAAGGCAGCCUAAUGCCUCGUGGGGGGGCAUUUCGCUUUCUCCCCGCUUCCCUUCGUCGUGAAAGUAUAUCCCUACCUAUGUGGUCUAAAUGCUUCAGUACUUGUAGAGCACAGCUGUUCUCCUUCGGUUCCACAGAUACGCACUUACCCUCAACUUCGCCCACGCACUAGCAGAGCUCCAUCGAGCAAGUUUGGUGUCGCCCUCUGAUGGCAAAGCAUUCCCCUCAUUGUAUGUCUCAUACCUCAAUAUCUAAUGCUUUAAUGGCUACUUUGGUUUGUGUCUGUUAGCUAAGGCCUUGGAUGUGGUUUGUCCUUAAAAGGAAUAAAAUUUUUCUGCUGAUAAGA